CACAAGGAAUGCGGACCAAUUUUUGCUCUAGCCGCGCGGGUGCUAGUCGCUGGCAAGCCGCCAUGUACGUGCACGUCAUUUCAUAUCGGCUCCUUGUUGCCUAUCUUGCAAGGUAACAUCAAGACAAAGGCUGUGCUCGACGUGGAAUCGAAGAGAGGAUACUGGUUAACGGUGUACGCGCAGGAUCACGGUGUAGUUCCUCUGAGCUCCAGUUUACAGGUGUACGUGGAGGUGCUCGACAAGAACGACAACACACCAUUGACCGAGGUUCCGGUCUAUUAUCCAUCGGUCCUCGAGAACUCACCGGCAGGCGUGAGCGUUCUCCAGAUACGGGCGUUCGAUCGCGACGUCUCGCCUCAACGAUUCACCUUCUCCAUCACGAGCGGCAAUCCAGAGGGUUAUUUUCUCAUCAAUUCCACCACGGGUUUGAUCACGACAAGCGGACGGAAGCUCGAUCGGGAGAACCAGGCGGAACACGUUUUGGAGGUGACGGUCAGGGACGACGGAUGGCCGUCCCUCUCCUCGACGACCCGUGUCGUGAUCGCAGUGGCGGACAUAAACGACCACGGGCCCGAAUUCGAGCAAAAGUUCUACACCGUUCAGAUACCAGCAUCCCCGUCCACCGAUAAACCGUUGUUCCAGAAAUCGAGGAACCGCUCGCGGGAGUUCGACCUUUCGAUCGAUACGUUACUAGAGAAUGGAACUUGGGAGACAUUUAGCCUCGACAGCUUGUCAGGAGAUCCUAUAUUCAGGGUACUCGCGAAGGAUAAAGACAUCGGAGAUAAUGGAAAAAUUCAGUACAGUAUCAAGGGUGGGCGAGGCAAGGGCAAGUUCAAAAUUCACCCUACCACUGGAAUGGUGUACUCUCAACGCGGAUUCGAGGCUGGACAGGAGUACGAGAUGAUGAUAAGAGCGGCAGACUGCGGGGAACCGCAGCGCAGCCAUCAAACACGGGUGUCGGUGCAAGUUGUCGAGGUACCAAAGGAAUCCGAGAACCCGCCAGUCUUCAAAACGAACAAUCAGAGUGUCGAGGUUACGGAGAGCGACAAGGUCGGGUUUCUCGUGGCACUGGUCCAGGCCACCGACAAGGAUGGCGACUAUUUGUGGUACGAUAUCAUUGACGGCGACGAAAGGGACGAGUUCUUCAUCGGUCGAGACAACGGAAACGUGCUGCUCGCGAAGAAACUUGAUUGGGAAACGCAAAACUUUUACAACCUGACGAUCCGCGUGACGGAUAGCGUGGAAUCUGCUGUGACCCAACUUCUGGUCAACGUGAUCGACAUCAACGAUCACAGGCCAGAAUUCACCGAGAGUGUCUAUCACGUGGACAUCUCCGAGAACGUGGAAAAAGGGGAGAAGAUCCUUCAGCUCCACGCGACCGACGAGGACGAGGACAAGAAAGUGUUCUACAGCCUUCACGCCGCCCAGAAUCAAGCCUCGUUGGAGAUCUUCCACGUAGAUUCGGUGACGGGUGCCGUUACGUUGAACGAGGUCCUCGAUCGAGAGACGAUCGAGGAGCACGUACUCACCGUGAUGGUUAAAGAUCAAGGGACACCGGCGAAACGAAACUACGCCAGAGUUAUAGUAACGGUACACGAUCACAAUGAUCAUGCCCCGGAGUUCAUUAGCGAGAUCAUCCAAGGAAAAGUGUACGAGACAUCUCCAAUCGGCGCUGCUGUGGUUCAAGUGUACGCCAUAGACAGGGACAAAGGAGACAAUGCCAAGAUCACUUAUUCGAUUACUUCUGGGAACGUGGGUAACAUGUUCACGAUAGAUCCGAAUCUAGGCGUGAUUCGAGUAGCUCGAGAAUUAGAUCUGAGCGCCUCCUCGGAAUACAUAUUGUUGGUAAAGGCUACCGACCACGGUUCCCCGGCGUUGGCCAAUACGGUGCCUGUACACGUGAUGGUAACUAUGGCCGACAACGCGCCACCUAGAUUCAUCCAAAAAGAAUUAUCCGCCGAAAUUUACGAGAAUCAACAGGUGGGCACUUACGUGAAGCACGUGGAAGCAAGAAGCACGUCCUCUUUGCAGUUCGAGAUCGUUCAAGGGAACAAAGAUGACACUUUCUUCGUGAACCCGAGCACGGGCAUCAUAGUGAUCAAGAACGAGCUGGAUUACGAGAAGACGAAAUUUUACAACUUGACGAUAGCCGCGACCAACAUGGCGAGCGCGAAGGCGCAUUGUAACGUGAUCGUCCACGUUCUGGAUCGAAACGACAACGCGCCAAGAUUCCUGCAAGCCGUUUACAGCGGGGAAAUAAGCGAGGGCGCCACUAUAGGCUCCUUGGUACUCACCAACACGAGUACCCCAUUGGUCAUAAAGGCGGAGGACGCCGACUCCGAGCUGAACGCCCUUUUGAAUUACGACAUAGUGGAGGAUUUGCCGCGAAAAUACUUCCACAUAGACUCGAGCACGGGCGCUAUUAGAACGGUAAUGGUUCUGGAUCACGAGACCGUUCCUAAGUUCACUUUCCACGUGAAGGUCUCCGAUCUAGGGAAACCGAAACUCUCCUCCGAGACCACCGCAAAAGUAAUGAUCCUCGUCACGGACGUGAACGAUUGUCCGCCCAAGUUCCUCGAAAACGACUAUAACACUACCGUGCUGCUACCUACGUACAAGAACGUCGCCGUGAUCCGAGUCAGCGCCGUGGAUCCAGACAGUUCUGAAGGAGUACCGCUCAGGUACGACAUUAUCGAUGGAAACAAGGCGCACACGUUCGACAUAGACUCCCAAACCGGUGUGAUCACCGUGUAUAAUCCGGAACGUAUGAAGAAAAGCUAUCUGCUACGGGUCCGCGUCUCGGAUGGAAAGUACUCGAGCGUGUGCCAGGUGAACGUGAUGGUGGAGAAGUCGGAAAACUCUGGUCUGAUGUUCCAGAAGGACGUCUACGAGGGCACCAUACCGGAGAACUCGACUCGAAUCACCACUGUCGCGGUCGUGAACGUUUUGGGGAGCGCGUUGAACGAGCACAUUGUCUUCAGCAUUCUGAACCCGACCGAAAUGUUUGUAAUUGGAUCCACGUCCGGCGCGAUCCGAACCACCGGGAUUAGAUUCGACCGGGAGGUUUGCGACCAUUACGAAUUGAUAGUGGAGGCGAGGAGUCAGAUGCCGGGCAGGGAGAAGCCGAGGGUGGCGCACGUGAUCGUGAACGUCACUAUAUUGGACAUCAACGACAACUGUCCAAUGUUUGUUAACUUGCCCUAUUACGCCGUCGUGUCUGUGGAGGCGCAGAAGGGCGACAUUAUUACGAAGGUGCAUGCAAUAGACAUGGACAGCGGCGACAACGGAGAAGUUAGAUACGAGCUGAAGAAGGGCCACGGAGAGUUAUUCAAGGUGUGCAGAAAAACAGGCGAGAUAUCUCUGAAACAGAAUCUGGAGGGUCACAAUCGCGAAUAUCAACUCACUAUUGCCGCAUACGAUGGAGGCAUUACACCGUGCUCUAUCGAGGUACCGGUGAACGUAAAGGUGAUAGAUCGAUCGAUGCCGGUGUUCGACAAGCAAUUUUACACGGACAGCGUGCUGGAAAGUAUUGAGAUACACUCGCCUCUAGCUUUGUCUAUACAGGCCGAGUCGCCGUUGAAUCGCAAGUUGAUAUACAGUAUAACGAAAGGGAACGAUUUCGAGGAAUUCGCUCUGGAUUUCAACACAGCCCCCGACAGUAACAAUGGUCCUUGUGUAAUCUACGUGGUGGACGAGUUGGAUUACGAGCAGAAGAAGCAGUACGAGCUGACCGUCCGCGCGACGGACAGCGUAUCAGGCGUCUACGCGGAGGUGCUCGUUAGCAUUCUGGUACUGGACGUGAACGAUUGCCCGCCCGAAUUCACUCAAGACUCGUACAACAUCUCGGUAUCCGAGGCAGCGCCGUUCGGCACUUCCGUGUUGAGAGUCAGCUCCAGAGAUAACGACACGGACAUAAAUCAGCAAGUACGCUAUGCGAUUCAAAACGACACGGAAAACAGCACGGAUCUGUUUCACAUAGACCCGGAAGAAGGUGUGAUCUUUUUGAAGAGAUCUCUGGAUCACGAAGCCCACGAGUCUCAUCACUUCACCGUAAUAGCCAUAGAUCGCGGCGUACCGAGUCUUUCGAGCACUGCCCACGUUUGGGUGACUGUGAUCGAUAUGAACGACAACCCACCCAAGUUCGAGCAACCCUCGUACACCUGUUCACUGUCCGAACACGCGGAACGGGGUCAAUUCGUGACUGUGGUAUCCGCCAGUGAUCCGGACUACGUUGAUGAGAAACUAACGUACACGAUAGUCGGUGGCAACGAGCAACAAACGUACAACAUCGAUCAAUCAACUGGCAUUAUUUCGCUGAUCAACAUGCAGAACUUUGGAGAAAAAAAGUUGAGCAUGCUAAAUGUCUCUGUCACCGAUAAUGUCUAUACGAGCUUCGCACGUGUCAAGAUCGAGAUACUACCUGCCAACAGACACAAUCCUAAGUUUCCCAAUCCGGUGGUCGAAGUAACGGUAUUCGAGAAUCAGUUGCCUGGUAGAUUGGUCACUAGUGUGAUAGCCACUGAUGAUGACUUCGGAGAAUACGGAACGGUCAUAUACAGCAUACCUUCUGAACUUAUGAAAGAGAUUUUCGAUAUAAAUAGAUUGACAGGAGAGAUUGUAACUAGGAAGAAAUUGAAUCGGGAAGAGCAGAAAUUGUAUGAAAUACCUGUGAUGGCUACCGAUGGAGGUGGUAGGUCAGGUUUCGUGAUGGUUAGGGUUAAAGUUGGGGAUGAGAACGACAAUUCACCCGUGUUCCUUCUGAAGGAAUAUAAAGCUAGUAUCCAUGGGAAUUUGACCAUAAAUACGUCAUUCUUGAAAGUGAAGGCUAAGGAUGCUGACGAGGAUGACGCUGCGAGGAUCGUUUACUCGAUUUAUGAACCACAGACUUCGGAAGCUAAGGCCUUAUUCGGAAUAAAUCCUAAUACUGGAGCUUUGUUCCUGCAGAAAAGUGCGAUAUCAUGGGAAAAUCAGUUAUUUGAGCUCUUUAUUCGUGCCGAAGACAAAGGUGGAGCUACAACUCAUCACGCUGAUGUUCCUCUCAGCAUCUAUAUAAUGGGUCCACAAGAUAUUCCACCUCUAUUUGAACGAAAAGAGGACAAAUUCUUCAUAUCUGAAGCAUCUCCUGUCGGUACACCAAUAACCAGGCUCAAAAUCGUAACCAAUAGCACAGUCACUUAUAGAAUAGUUUCUGGAGACGAAGAUUCCCCGUAUUUCAUGAUUGAUGGUUAUGGACAAAUUACUUUAAUCAAACCUUUGGACCGAGAGAACAAGGACAAUCACUUGAUCGGAGUUCUCGCCGAAACGGAUUCCAGUCCUCCAUUGACAGCUCUUGCAGAAAUAUCGCUUCAAGUGUUAGAUGAAAAUGAUCAUGCUCCUAAAUUCGAAAGCAAUCCUUAUGGUAUCAGCGUGGCGGAGAACGUAGAAGAAGGAACAUCGAUUUUGAAAAUUAUCGCGCACGAUGAUGAUUUAGGUAGCAAUGGAGAAGUUCGAUAUUCUUUCGGCUCGGAUAUAGGCGAAUUGGCGAAUGUAUUCACGGUGGAUGCAUAUACUGGCUGGAUAUCGACAUUGGUUCAACUUGAUAAAGAAAAACAACCCGAAUAUAAAUUUCAAGUAGUCGCCACCGACAAUGGAAAUCCAAAACAUUUCGCAAGAACUUCUGUGCACGUCAAAUUGAAAGAUUAUAACGACAAUCCUCCCGCGUUCGUAGAUGAUCGUUACGAAGCAACUGUAAACGAAGACGCACUACCAGGAACAGUCGUGGUCAAGUUGAUCACCGUCGACAAGGAUUCGGACGUGAACACACCUAUAGAAUUUUACAUAACAUCCGGUGAUCCGAGAUCUCAGUUUCAAAUUAGAUCGACUGGCGAGGUGUACGUGGCAAAAUCUCUGGAUCGGGAAACGAUCGAUCGUUAUGAACUCGAAAUAGUCGGCACCGAUGGUAAAUACGUUUUCAAAACGCGAGUAACGGUACAGAUACUCGAUGUAAACGACAAUCCGCCAUAUUGUCUGAGGUAUCGUUAUAGAGAAAUUCUAUCCGAAGGUUCUCAUCCAGGCACUUACGUAUUAACCGUGCUCGCCACUGAUUACGAUGACGAACCAAACGCCAAAUUGCGUUUCUAUUUAACCGGCGACAACAACGACAAGUUCUCAUUGGACAAGGAAACAGGCGUCUUGAAGACGAUUGGUCAGUUGGAUCGAGAGUCUCAAGCGAAGUAUUCACUCACUGCUCAUGUGCAGGAUAGGGACAAGCCAUCUUGGGAAUGUUCAUCUCAGUUAGAAAUCUUGAUCUCGGAUUUGAACGAUAACGCACCCAAAUUCACCAUGCAAACGUAUAGUGCAACACUGCCGGAAGAUGUAGAAGUUGGUACUUUGGUAACGAAAGUGCAUGCCACGGAUGAUGAUAUCGGCAUUAAUCGCAAGAUCAGAUACGAGUUCAUCGAUUCCGCCGAUGGCCAUUUCCUCAUCGCAACGGACAGCGGCAUCGUUACGCUCGGCAAACCAUUGGACAGAGAAACGAAGGCGAUGUAUAACGUGACUAUCCAGGCAUUGGAUCAAGGAACCCCUCAAUUGAUGAGCAUGACUUCGUUAAUCGUCAACGUUCAAGAUAUCAAUGAUAAUCCACCGGAAUUUGCGUCCAAGAUUUACUUCUCUAAAGUUCCUGAAAUCUAUGCGGUUGGCACGGAAGUGGCAAGAGUUCUCGCAACGUCUAAAGAUACCGGGGUUAAUGCCGAUGUUUAUUACUCAAUCGUUGGCGGGAAUGAACAUAAAAAGUUCCAGAUCGAUGCGCGUACCGGUGUCAUUAUAAUUGCGGAACAAUUGGAUUUUGAGCGUGCAAGAGAUUAUUUUUUGACUAUUCAGGCUGUGGAUGGAGGAAUUCCGCCGUUGAGUAAUCAUGCCACUGUGAAUAUUACUGUGAUUGAUAGCAACGAUAACGCGCCUAUAUUUAGUGAAGUUUCGUACAGAGCUUCUAUAAGAGAGGACGCAAAGAUUGGAGAGAAAGUUAUACAGGUAUUCGCAAAUGACUUGGAUAGCGAAGAAAAUGGAAACGUAUCUUAUUAUAUAGAACGAGGUGACAGGCAAAAGCAAUUCUCGAUCGAUCAGAAAACGGGACAAAUUGUCGUUGCCGCUCCGUUGGAUCGCGAAGAAAUUGGUAAUUACGUGCUAGAGGUUCACGCCCGUGAUAGCGGCAUACCCGUACUUUCCAGCUUCGUAAUGGUAAACAUCGAGGUUCUAGAUGCAAAUGACAAUUCGCCGCUGUUCUCCCUUUCAAAUUAUACCGCAGUUGUACAAGAAGACAAGCCCUUGGGUCAUACUGUAUUACAAUUCGUGGUCACAGACGCAGAUAUCGAGCCAAAUGCCGCCCCAUAUACUUUUGAUUUUCGAUCUGGAAAUGAAGGUGACGCGUUCAGAUUGGAACAGGAUGGAACAUUACGAACUGCGACUAAAUUCAACAAUAGAGUGAAAGAUAAAUAUGUGCUGCAUAUACGCGUCUUCGAUAAUGGAAGUCCACCUUUAUAUUCCGAUGCUUGGGUCUUGAUCAAAGUAAUCGAGGAAUCUCAAUAUCCUCCGGUAAUUACGCCCCUAGAAGUGGUUAUUAAUUCGUACAUGGAUGAAUAUCCUGGUGGAAUUAUUGGAAAAGUUCAUGCAACGGAUCAGGAUCAAUAUGACACUCUUUUGUACAAUUUGAAUCCAUCGUCUCCUAUUCCAAACGAUCUUUUCCAAAUUGACAAAAUCGAUGGCACUUUGGUAGCUCUUCCACGACUCGAUGUCGGUGAAUACAAAGUAAAUGUCAGUGUAACAGAUGGAAAAUUUAGCAUGCAUUCAAUAGUAAAAGUAAACGUUGAUUUAAUAACCGAUAAAAUGUUGGAGAAUUCUGUAAUUGUAAGAUUCAGAGAGGUUAGCCCGGAAAAUUUCAUAUUAAGCCAUCGUAAAGGAUUUAUCAAGACUGUACGAAACGCGAUGAAUUGUAGAUUAAAAGACAUCGUUAUUAUAAGCGUUCAACCUUCUACGGAUGAAAUAAAUUUAAUUAAAUCUCGCACUAUUCGACAAACCGUACACAAUGAUCUGGAUCUUUUAUUCGCAGUAAAGAAAAGUUCUACACCUUUAGGAUUUUACGCUUCUGAAAGUAUACGGGAAGCAUUGAAUCAGCGUAUCGAAGAACUGGAAGAAUCGACGAAAUUGGUAGUGGAAGAAAUCGUCAGAUUUAAAUGCAACAAAGAGUACUGCGUUUAUGGAGAUUGUCAAGACAAAGUUGUUCUCGAUGUUACACAAAUAACACCUGUAGCUACUGAUGUGAUGAGUUUCGUUUCGCCGCGUCACAAACACAAGAUGGAGUGUAGUUGUAAAGAAGGAUAUGCCGGCAAUCAUUGCGAGCUGGUCGUGAACGAAUGUGCCAGAGAUCCUUGUCCCAUGUUUAAAGUUUGCAUUCCUGAUUCUUCUGUUCAAGGAUAUUUCUGCCAAUGCCCAGAAGGCUUCGCUGGACAAACCUGUGAUAUUGACAUCUCCAAGUGCCACGACGAAUCUUGUUAUAUUCCACGGAAUCCAAUAUCAUUCAGUGGCAAGAGUUACGCUCGUUACAGAAUCGACAAAGCCCACAUCAGACAGACCAUCGAGGAUCGUCUUAGUUUAUCUUUACGAAUCAGAACGGUACAAUUAACUGGAAAUUUAAUGUACGCAGCUGGCAAGGUCGAUUACAAUAUUUUAGAAGUUAUGAACGGAGUCGUACAAUACAGAUUCGAUCUGGGUAGUGGAGAAGGUUUGGUUCGCGUGAGCAGUGUAUACGUGAGUGACAGACAAUGGCACGAAAUCCAAUUAGAACGGGAAAGUAACAGCGCUAAAUUAACUGUAGAUGGAAAACACGUAGCUCAUGGAUCGGCGCCCGGUAUAAACGAUAUUCUAAAUCUUCAAUCCGAUGAUCUAUAUUUGGGCGCCGAAGUUAGGCAACAUCCAUCGAUUCUGGGCUUUGAAGAUGUUCAACGUGGUUUCAUAGGGUGCAUGGAUGAUGUCAGAAUCGCCAGAGUAUCGGUGCCACUGCACAUGAGUGGAGCUAGUAGCGUUGCUGUUUUAAAACGCUUUGCAAAUGUCGAAUUUAGUUGCGACGCUUCUACAGUUCUCGUGUCCCCAGGAAUUUGUGGUUCACAACCUUGUCAAAAUGGUGGUACAUGCAAGGAUUCUGGUGGCGACAAUUACGAAUGCCAGUGUCACACCAGAUUUAAAGGACAUGCUUGCGAAAUUGAUACCGAUCCUUGCGCAUCUUCACCCUGUCUCUAUGGUGGCCGUUGCAAAAUCGUUCCGGAAGGAGGUGACUUUACUUGUGACUGUGUUGGACCAAGCUUAAGCGGAAAACGUUGCGAAUUCGGGAGAUAUUGUAGUCCAAAUCCCUGUAUCCACGGUGGAGUAUGCGAGGAAGGAAAUAAUGGACCUAUAUGCAAAUGUCAAGGAUUCAUGGGCGAUCGUUGCGAAACGGAUAUAAAUGAAUGCGACGCUAAUCCAUGCACGAACGGAGGUACUUGCGUGAAUGAAAUAGGAACCUACAGAUGUAUCUGUCCUCCCAAUAUGACAGGACUAAAUUGUGGCAACCCGGCAUAUUCCACACCGAUCAUAUCUAGCCAUUUUAACAUCACGUGGGAGCAGCUGAUGUGGAUUGGUAUCGCAGUCGUACUGAACGUAUUUCUGAUCAUUAUAUUCCUCACCUUCCGUCGAAUCAGAAUGAAACGGACGAGAGCACGAGCGAACAAUAUCAACAACGAGACCAGGAAACAAAUCGUGUUAAACUCGGCACGACCUCACGAACACGAGUUCAAACGUAGCUCAAAAUUGAGCAACUUGGAAGUGAUACAGAGAGAACCUCCCCAAUGCCCUCCUAGACCCGCUUCCUACACUCCAAGCUCGAACAACGAGCCGGCCGCGUACGGUAACUCCGCAGCCGUGGCGUUAAAUAAUUUAGAUACGUUGCGUAGUUACGGCAGCGCCGGUGACGAGUUGGAAAAUUUCCCUCCUGAUUAUUUGAGAAAUCUAAACCGCAGUACACCCGUGCCCCCUCCAUCCUUAACCCUUGCUAAUCCAGUCGGUGGAAACGCUACAGGCAGUGACACGGAUAGCCUUCAUAAGCCGAGCUGGCAAGAGCAGAUGCAACUAGCUUCCUUCAUCACGGACACGACAAAGAUAAAGAAUGACCUGAAACGAGCGAGCCCAGUGGUACCAGAGCUGACCACUGGAGGACUUCUACUAAAUUCUUCUCGACGCGUGCCUCAUGGAGGUGGGACCUCCGUUGCCUCCAUGACGUCCAUCGAGGAUGAUCCUCGUAUAGUCGGUGGGUAUCACUGGGAUUGUUCAGACUGGGUCAGACCAAGCCAAAACCCCUUGCCUAAUAUCACGGAGGUGCCUGGAAGCGAAGUACCAGACUCGUCCAGCUUCCACAGCAAUGAGAGUAACGAAUCAAACACUCAUCAGUUACCGUCAGUGCACGGCUCUGUAGAUCCAGCGAGAGACAUCGAGACAUUGAACGAAGAUCAAGAAUCAGAAUACGUCGGGGACUCGGAAUGCGGGACUGAAUUCUCUGAACAAUAUCAAUGCGCGGAAACACAGCGUUUGAAUCCCCUGGACAGUGGCGGCGAAGGAGAAUACAAGUAUAAAAGUUCCGAAAGUUAUCUUCGCCAUCCGAAUUCUUAUCUACCGCAUUACAAUAUCCACACGGACACAGAGAACGAAACGAAUCCGUUGAAUGGACGUCUUAGUACUUUAGAAUCCGAUGAGGAGGAAGACGACGUAGUGCCUUAUGGUUUCCCAAGCACCCGACGAAACCGAUGUCACAAAGGAGACGAGGUCGAUGAAAUCGGUUCGGUGAUCACCACUCUCGAGGAAAGGAAUUCGUUGUUAGGCGGUGCGACGAGUAACAGCGAUUUAUCCACCAAUUUGUGCGAGAUUGAUGAUUCCGAGUACGAAAUCACCGAUCAAAAAAGUAACGGCCGUUUGUGGUUGUCGGGGAACGGUAUCACGCAGACCUCGGUGUGACAAACAGUGGUGCCACGACUUAAAAACAAAUUGAACAUAAUCGUCUUUUUCUGUGCUUAAGACAGUGCGAAUGUUAUGUGAAUAUAAAAAGAAAUAUUGUACAUACGUAUUAUUGAAUCAGAGGUAGAGAAAAAAAUGAUAAAAAGUGUGUACAGAGGCAGCUAUGAAUAUAAAGAACUGAUGAACACGAGAUAAUUAAUAAACACGGUAUAAAAAUUCGCAUACUGAGCUAACGAUGCGAAUUGUUUACGCAUCGUACCUCAAAUCUCCUAUGUAGGUAGAGCUUAGGUACUCUCGUUACGUACUUAAUUCCGCGAAAUCCUCGAAACAAUUGAGUAUGAAAAUGACGUAUCCGGGAGCAAUUCUUGUUUUCAUAUAACUUCCGUUAUAUAUUUAAUAAUAAUUGAAAUAGGACCAUUUGACGAAUUGGUAACAUAGAAGAUUGCAUUUUAUCAGAUGAUUUUAUUUAAUUAACAUUUUGACAAUUUUAUGAUAUAUGGAUUAUUAAAAGUUUUGUUUCUUUUUAAAGAUAAAACAUCGUUUCAUUCUACCAAAGGGGAUGAGGUUUAGUAAAGAAAAAAUAUAUAUAUAUGUAUGUAUGUAUAUGUAUACAAUAUGAAAAAUAUAUGUAUACAUAUAUAUCGUGACAACUAUACGCAACUAUUAUGAGUAAGAAGUUAUCUUGAUUAAGAAUAAAAUUUGUUACUUGAGAGAAGUAAAUUUAAUCACGACCGCGUUGUCAGACCAAUGACUAUUGUUUAAUAAUCUAUCGUUUAAACUUAAAUGUUAUCCGCAACUAUAAUUCCACUGCAAAAAAAAAGUACAUAGGUACAUUUAUGUAUUUUUACUAUUUGCUAACCGACUUUAUUUUGGUUACGUACGAAAUAAACAGAAGGACUACUUAAUAAUAUAGAUAUAAGUACAGCAUACAUAUAGUCUAGUGAGUAAAUAAAUUGACUCUAGUGAAAAAAAAAAACAGUGCUCUGCUUCUAGGGCGAAUAUAUGUGCAUGUCUGCUGACGUUUACUGCAGCAAAGCACAAUAGUUAAAAAGAUAUGAAAUAUUUUUACUGUGAUGAUAAUAAUGUUUAUACAAUGAUCAAAUACUAUGACUUGUAUGAUAAUGAUUGUAAUAUUAACUAUCCAACGUUUUUUAAGAGAAAAAAAAUUAAAGAAUCGCGGAAGAUAGUACUCCAAUUCCGUGCGUACGUAAUACUAAGUCAACGUUCCGUUCGUUUAAUUUCAUUUUUUUUUCUCUCUUUUUAUUUUAUAUAUAUAUAUAUUUUACUUCAUUUCUUCUUUCAUUAGUCACCAUCAGUUCAACAAACAUAACUGCAUAUAUGGUGCUAUUACUUACAUCACGCUUUAACAUUUUUAUCUACUCGAUAAGACUGCUCAGCAAUGUGGAUCAUUCGCAAUUCAUCAACGCUCUUCAUAAAUUACUCAUAGUUCUCAUACCGUUAUUUUCAUCAUGAAAAUCUGUCCAAAUAACGAUAAUGAAACAUUUUUUGAACUGCCAACUUAAUAAUAAUGCCGUACGAACGAAGGCAUUCCCCUUGAUUAAUUUGUGUAGUUAAGCGUGACACACAAAGAGUCAAGAAACUGUUAUUUCUGUGCCUAAUGUCUUUUAAAUACCGUGUACUUCCACGCAAGAUACUUCUUUUUCCGUUGAACAAAUAUUUAGCAGCAGCUUAAUUGGGAGAGGUGUACACGUUCUGUUUAUACAUGUAGAAUUCUACUGACAAAUUCACUGUUUAUGUUCCUGUUCUCUGAUGUUAGCCAUCUUUUUCUACAUUUAGUACGAUAAACGAGUAAACGACGUUAAUAAUAUGAAACAGGGUGACUUUUUUUGUGUUUAACCGAGAGGAAAAGAAAUUAUUGUCUUCUUUUUGUGUAAGUUUGAAAUAGCUGUGCCUCUCCUCUCUGAAAUUUCAAUGCAAUUACUUACAUGGAUACAAUGAACAUGACAAUUUAUUCUAUAUUAGAAUGAAAUAAGGAUAUUGUACAGUUUUAACUUAACAAAUUGUAUCGGAAUCAACAUCAACGCGCAAUGAAAAUUUCAGUUUGCGUCGAAGCACAGCGAAUUCUUAACUAUUAAGAUUAGUUUUUAUAUCUUAUGAAUUAACAGUGAAAAAAACAUUGGUUAAAGACUGUAAAGCGAUGCGGAUUAAACGAUCAUUCAUUUAUAAAUAUUGUACCAAUCAGUUUAUAUCAUGUGGACAUUAUGAAGUAUUUUGUUUUAAAGAUAAAAAAGAAGAAACGCAAUAUUUUAUGGAACUUUUGAUCAAAUAACAACAUUAAGUUUUAUUAAAUGAAAUAUAAAAUAGACUUAAUUAAUUCAGUAUGAUUAAUAAUUUAAGCAAUUGGAAUUGAUCAAAAUAAGUGAAUUUCAUUUUUAUGCGUUUACUUUUUUAUUUUUCAAACUAUUUAUUAUUGAUUUGUGUACUUGAUAACUUACAAACUAAUAAAUAGUUCCAUUUAUUUCUUACUUUACUGUAACUUGCCAUAAUUAUAGGAUGAUGACGAACGUAGAAAAAAUUAAACAUAAAAAAAUGUGGGUACAACUUCCAAAUUCACCGCAACACUUAGCCCUGCUAAUAGGAUACAUAUCGAUAUCAUGAAAUCCUUCAAACAAUGAGGAACUUGACUUGUUAUAAUUAGAAGGCUAUAAUUAAUUUGUACAAGAUCAACCUAUUGUAAUAAAGAAUACAAUCUUGCCUA